AUGCGCACUAGCCCCGUCGACGUCUUUUUCCCCCAACGCCCUCCCCCGAGCACCAGAUCGAAUAAUCCGACUCCGAGAGCGAAGGCGGGGCGGAGUACAAAGCCACGAAAAGAUUCGAGUGCAAGCGCGAUUGAGGGGGCAGCACACGCCCAAGCAAGACCCCUUAGAGGCGGACCGCCACCAUCAACCUCGCAGCUGCAGAUGCGGCAGGAUGGCCUGCAGGAGGAGGACGACAUGCCUCCGCCGGCCACCACCACAACGAACAACCCACCCCCCUCUGGCGCUGCUGCUGCUGCUGCGUCCCCCCCAGCCCCAUCCCCGGCACGCACACGCACACGCAGGACGAGCCUGAACCCCCCACACGCCCCGGCAUCCCACGCGAGCAAGAACGCGGGGAGCAGCACAAUGGACACGGCACCCACCCCACUCACCUACACGUUCUUCUCCGAGAUGACGCCGCUCGACUUUGCAGACCCAUCGUCUGCAUCGUCCUCAUCGCCGUCCAUGACGUUACCAUCGCCCUCGUCGCAGCCCCACGUGAACGUGAACCCCAAUCCCAGUACUGUGCCGUCUUCGCUGCUCCAUGUGUCCGUGUCGAGUCCCCCGGCGUCAGACUCGCCUAGUACACCCCUCGAGGAGCUGGUCUCACCCCCAUAUUCACAUGCCGAGGCCAACACGUCGCAAACCCACGCAGAAUUUGCCAUGCCCGUCGCAGGACCCUCCACAUCUGCCCAAACCCUGCCAUCAACAUCGACAUCAAUCCCGACGACCUUCCCAUCAGUUCCCCCGCCAGGUGCAUCGACGUCAACUGGUGGGAGAACCCACAGCAAGCGGCGCGACCCGUCGUAUAUCCCCCGUCCCCCAAACGCGUUCAUUCUUUUCCGUUCUGCGUUCAUUCGCGAGCAGAACGUCCCUGGAAAGGUGGAAGGAAACCACAGCAAGCUCUCCAAGAUCAUUGGUCUAUGUUGGAAGCAGCUCCCUCCAGAAGAGCGCGAGAAGUGGGAAGCGCGUGCCAUCGUCGCACAAGCGGAGCACCGAGCUCAGUACCCUGACUGGCGCUUCCGACCUGGCGCCAAUGCCCUCGCUAAGCUCAACAAGAGCAACAACACGAACACCUCGAGUGUCGAUGGUGCAAGCGGUAGUACUCACGGCAGUGGAAGUGGUUCUUCCCGCAGGAGGAACAGCGUGCGACAGACGCGGACGAAAGAGAAGGGCCAGGGUCACGCAGAAGGCGCGAGCGGGGACGGUGAUGAGGAAGUCGACGCUGAUGGAGAAGGCGAAGGUGAUGGCGACGAUUAUGCGCCGCCAAGUGGGAAAGGGAAAGGCAAGGCAAAGGAUAAGGGAAAAAGCAAGGCGAAGGCGAAGACGAGCCGACUGCAGUCGUUGGAGGAGACGCGCUGCGCGAAAAUCGCGGGGUUUGUCGCGGAGGGCCUCAAGGGCAAGGAGCUGGAGGUGGCUGUCCAACAGUGGGAAGGGGAUCGAAAGAUGCCUCUGAAGCUGAGCGCGAAGGACAGCAAGACCGCAAAGGCGAGAAGUCGGGUCAGCCACGCCCGAUCAAGAUCAGGUGUGGUGGCCGUCGUUUCUCCCGUCGCCGCGCCUGCACCUUCGACGACGCCCUUGUCUCCAAGUAGACCCCCGUCAACACCUGCCGCAGCGUCGUCAGGUUCUAGCGGCACAACGCCCACACAUACCAACCCGUAUCCACAACCCACUCACCCACGCCCCACGCCGCUCACACCUGUAGCCCUAGAGACGUCCAUCAGCAAGCCUGGCGCUUCAGAAAGUAAUUCUAAUAAUAAUAUCACCUCCGGCAGUCCUCUCGUCAAAAGCCCAAUAUCACUCCUUUCCUCUCCAAUGUCGAAUUCUCCUUCGCACUCGCAUUCGCAACCUAAUCCUCUUCCAGCCCCACCCGCAAACACACAUAUAAUCACAACACCACAACCCAGUCCAAGAUCAAGUUCAACCCAAAUCGUAAACCAAGACGCGAAUCUUCAACAGAAUACGCACCCAACACCGGGCCUGUCAUCCGGUGUGCCACUUACCCAUAUGUUUAAGCGCUCGUUAUCGGCGCCGGCACCGAACAAGCGCCCGCGCCUCUCCCAUACGUACCCGUCGCAGCCUUCGGACGAGUCGUCGACGCCACCUACCUCGACGCCCUCAAGCAGUGAGGACUUCUCCCCCGUUUCAGCAGCGGCUGAACCUAGUCCGGGAACAUGGGGUACCUUCGACCCACCAACAUUGCCUGCACAGAGUCAUCGACCGCAUAGCGGGCAUGCGAGGACACACAGCCAGACGCACGUACCGCUUCAUGCUCAGCACGGGCAUGGUAGGCCAGGCCAGGCGCAUAUACGUCGUGAUUCGAUCGCCGCGUUCCCUCCGCACCCUCAUACGCACUCGCAGCCAACGAUGGCGUCCAGCUCCCCAACACAUGGCGCCAGUCCGUUUGGGACUCCACAUAUGCAUGGCUCGCCGCAUAUACAAACCCCUCCUCCCUCGACGUCACAUCAUCAGCAAACUCAGCCUCAGCACCAGCAACGGCAUCAACUCACCUGGGCGGAGGCAGAGCAACAACGCCGCCUCGGGCUCGACGAGAUGCAAGUGGACGGACCAGCCCACGCACAUCAACAGCCACCGCCACCGACGCCAACGACGGACUCGUGGUGGCCGUCAUUGCGGACGUCAUCGCUCGACGCACAGACCACCUGGGGCGAAGGGUAUGAGGCAGGAGAGACCCAGUUCGACCGCGCAUACAUCCAGCAAUACGGCGCCGUCGACUCUCCUCAGGACUUUGGCCAGCCCGUCGAGUGGACAGACCUCUCAGCGUCGUCGACGGCAGCGGGCAAGCAGGGGCUCGUCACGGUUAUUGAGGACCCAUAUAAGGAGGACGGCUGUGGGACGAAUUGUGCGACUAACGCCGGCGCUAAUGCCAGUGUGGCGCACGCGACUGAGACGGUGGGAGGAGUAUCGCCGCCAACGCUCCACCUUUCGCCCUUGUCGCCUUCAAAUGGGAGUUAUUACUACUCAACGAUGCAGCCAGCGCCACCUCCGUCAAUGUCGCCUCCCACCUUACCACUACCUUCGUCAAGUUUCUCGACGCUGACGGGGUGGGCAGGAGACGACGACUAUAAAUUCCAUGGUCAACAUCACCUGCACCUGCCACCGUCGUCGAGCAUGAGGUCGUGGCCUGAAACGUCAAGCGCCCAUACCUCCAUGGUCGCGUCGCCGACGUCUCCUUCUCCUUGGUACACAGCCCACCACGACACUGGAGGAAUAUGGGGUGCAGAUCCUGCUCAAGGCACUAUGCAGCGUCCUCAGCUCCAUCACCCUGGGUUGCCUACGACGUCGACCGACUGGGAUAGGUUGGAGUACCGCGCUGGGGCCGAAAUGGGCCUCGAUGUUGGCCCAAACCCCGUACCGAGGGUGCUAGACUUCCAGGAGGAGCUCAGAAGGAUGCAUGGUGGCGGCUAA